CAGAAGUUUUACGGAACACAAUAGAUAUUUUUUUUUUCCCAAUGUCACGUUGCAAUAUAUAUAUUAUAUUAAGUUUAUUUGCGAUAAUUAAUUUUUUCUUAAUUAACGCGCAACAACAAGAACCGCAGCAGCCGCAACAACAAAAACCGCAGGAGCCGCAACAACAAAAACCGCAGGAGCCGCAACAACAGAUUACAACAACUUCUACGACUCCACCUGCUCCACCUGCACCUACUCCAGAUCCGAAUAAAUAUUUUAAAAAACCGGAUAAAAAACUGAGCGACAAAACCUACGCUGAAGAUUUAACAGAUUUUUUGUUUACCGGAUGUUGGGGUAAGAGUAAAAACGACAAAUCAAAUGUAAACAACAAAUGUCGAACGUAUCGCGCAGCAACCGAGUAUCCCGGUUACAACGGAUGGAACAACAACAUUGGCAAACCAGAACUGGGCGCGGUCGAUACCUCGUUGCUGAGAAAAUUGCCGGCGGCUUAUGAAGACGGAGUGAACAAGCCUUCGGGCUCAAACAGGCCGGAGCCAUUAGAGAUAAGUGAGAAGCUGCUGAGUGGAAAAAUUGGAACUAAAUCGAAAAGAGGAAGAAACGUUCUACUUGUAUUUUUUGGUCAACACGUGGCGGCGGAAAUUGUAGAUGCUCAGAGGCCGGCAUGUCCACCAGAAUAUUUCAAUAUAAACGUUACGGAAGACCAUCCGUACAGAAAAGAACCGGGUCACACGCAAAUGCCCUUUUUACGUACUAUGUACAAUCGACAAACGGGCCAGGCGACAAAUAAUCCUCGUCAACAGUUGAACGGGGUUACGCCAUUCCUGGACGGUGGGGCGAUUUACGGCACGUCCAAAGCAUGGUCGAACUUCUUAAGAACAAACGCUGACGGAAUAUUGGAACCAAAUGGCAAACUCGCGUCGUCCCAUUCCGAUGGAUAUCCCGACAUCAACACCGUCCGAUUACCAAUGGCGAAUCCACCGCCGCCUACUCGUCAUCACGAAUACGUGUCGCAGCAUCACACCGAGAGCGUCACCAGAUUUUUCAAACUGGGAAAUCCACGAGGGAAUGAGAAUCCGUUUCUCUUGACUUUCGACGUAAUAUGGUUCAAAUGGCACAAUGUUCUGGCUACUCAUAUCAAACGUCUCAAUCCAAGUUGGCGAAGCGACAGAAUUUACAACGAGGCUCGCAAAUGGGUGAUAGCAACUCAGCAACACAUUGUCGUCGACGAAUGGUUACCCGCGUGGUUGGGAGGCGAUGGUCUUCCUAAGUAUAAUGGUUACGAUUCUAAUAUCGAUCCGCAGAUAGAACAGUUUUUCCAAACGGCCGCUUUUCGCUUCGGGCACACUUUAGUGCCAUCAGGUGUGUAUCUGCGCAACUAUGGGAGAAACAAUUGCAUGUUGGAACCACAUCCGGUCAGAACGUGCAAUAAUUAUUGGAUGUCACAGAAUUCUCUUUAUGCCAAGUCAACAAAAUUGAAUAUCGGUGCCAAUGAUACCGCUGAGAAAUUGGUCAUGGGAAUGGCUGUUCAAUUGUGCGAAGAAGAGGAUCACAGAAUCGUAAAGGAUCUGCGAGGCAGUUUGUACGGUCCGUUGGAAUUCUCACGAAGGGAUCUGAUGGCCCUCAACGUGCAACGAGGACGUGACCACGGAGUACCUGAUUACAAUAGCGCUCGUCGCGCGUACGGUCUGCAUGAAGUUAAAAGCAUAAACCAUUUUACUUAUUUGGACGAUAAGACAAAACAAGAAUUUCUCAGACUGUAUAACAACUCGCUCGAUGACGUGGAUGUUUGGAUAGGCGGGCUAUUGGAGACUAACGAUGGGCCUGGGACGUUGUUUCAAAACAUCACCAGAGAUCAAUUCCAGCGAAUACGCGACGGUGAUAGAUUCUGGUACAACAACACCUCGAACAAACUCUUUCUUGAUGAAGAAGUUGACAGACUGAAGCAACUGAAAUUUUACGACAUAUUGAUGUGUGUGUUCCCGAAGAUGGAAUAUAAUGAUAUUCAAAAAAGUAUCUUUAGAGUACCUAGAAGUGAGAACGAUUUACACGGUAACUGUAAGACGAUUGUUAAACCGGGAGAGUGUAAAGCAGUGCGUGAACCUUGUUUUUACAUCAAUGAGAUCAACGAGAAUAUUGAGAACUGCACAAAGCCCGGAAGUUAUGAUUAUUAUUCUAAUAGCGUUGCUUCUUUUAUUUUUACGUUUUUAGGUGUAUCGAUAUUUUUAUGUGGUUUCAUCGCGUUACUUAUCUUUAAGAUACAACUCAAAGAGAAAGGAAAGUUUUCAACGAAAGAAAAGAACAAGAAAGUGUAUAAUAGUGACAACAUCGACAUUAUACAUUCCGCUAGCGAGUGGCAAGAACCGAGAACUUCGCUGAGGCACGUGAUAUUAGCAUUGAAUAACAGAAAAAAGCAAUUGGAAGUAAAAAAUCAGUUGGGAGAUUUAAUACGCGUGGUGGACUUUCUACCGAACAGCAACAUCAUGAUUUAUUGUACAUCCGACAGUCAUUACGCAAUGAUUCGCGUACAUCACAAUUACGAUUUAGUGUUGAAGUUCGAUUCCGAAUUUCUGAGAAGUACAUUUGUGAAAGCGUUUGAGAAAUUUAUAUCGGAAAUCUCGACAUCCGAAAAUCUAUGCUCGCUGCAAAUGUUGACAAAUAUUACACUCACAGCGUUACUCAAGCAAGCAAUAACCAAGAAAAAUCGCCAAAAAAAAUUAGAGAUGUUCUUCCGUGUUGUGUUCGCACAGGCGUUUCAUAUCACGCACACAGAAGAAGAAAUGUUACAAAUAGACUCGAUGGUUGCGAGAGACGUGAUCCAUACCGAGCUGACCAUCAUAGAAUUCGCGGAAGCUUUGAGUAUGAGACCGGACUCCGAAUUCGUAAAGAAGAUAUUUAAUCUGGCGGAUAAAGACAAAAACGGCUUUAUAUCGUUUCGAGAAUUCGUCGAUAUGUUAGUGAUAUUUCUAAAUGGCACCGCUGAACAGAAGAUGAAGUUCAUGUUCGAUAUGUACGACAUCAACGGUACGGGAAGACUUAAGCGAGAAGAGUUUUCGAAUAUGCUGAGAUCGUUUAUGGAGACCAGCAACGCCGACGUAACGGAUGACGAGUUGGAAGACUUGGUGCAAUCCAUGAUGUAUCACGCUGAUCUGGCGGACAAGGAGACUAUAAAUUUGCAGAACUUCCAGCAAAUACUAAGCGACUUCAAUGACAAAUUCAAUUACGCGGAGUUGGAAUUUAAUGUGCAUAGCGCUGGAAAGAGCAGGAUUCUUCACGCGGGUGUGAAAACGGUCAGAUCAACGUUCAUCGGCGAGGUGCAAAAGACGGUGGAAAGUCUGUACGCCGACCCGAGCGAAUUACAAGUCAGAGUGGAGGGUAAUGUUGAGAGUGAGCAAAAAACAAACGAGAAGAAGGAAAAUCGCAGCGAGAUCAUCGACAAAAACGAGAAAAUUGUUGAAGAACCGAAGAAAGAGUUGGACGAUUAUUGGUACCCCAUCAUGAAGUACAUCGCUAACAAACGAUUGCAUAUAUUCUGGACAUGUCUGUACACUCUGUUCUUACUUGGCAUCUUCGUCGAACGAGUUUACUCCUUUUCGAAGGAAAACGCUUCUGGUUUGAGACAAAUAUUGGGAUACGGUCUGGCCGUGACGAAAGGUUCGGCCGCGCCUAUGAUGCUCGCUUAUUCCACACUGUUGGUCGUGAUGUGCAACAACACCAUUACUUUUCUGAGAACCACAAUUCUGCAAUUCUACAUUCCUUUCGAUUCGGCGAUAGAAAUGCACAAAUACGUCGCCUGUUGGGCCCUGAUCUUCACCGUUUUACACGUAGUCGGACACGGCUUCAACUUCUAUCACAUAUCCACGCAAACCGCCGAUGAUCUGACUUGCUUGUUUCGCAAUUAUUUUCACGCAACACACGAACUUCCCAAAUUUCACUACUGGUGUUGGUACACGAUAACAGGUGUAACGGGAGUACUUUUAACUAUUUUGACUGGAUUGAUAUUUAUAUGUUCAUUGUCGAUUGUACGUAAAUCAUUCUACAACUGGUUCUCUCUUGUACAUUCUUUAUAUCCGCUUUUUUACAUAUUCACAAUUUUGCACGGUAUUGGGAGAUUAGUACAGGGACCGAAUUUUCAUUACUACUUUCUAGGCCCAGUAAUUUUAUUUACUCUCGAUAAAGUUGCAACUGCGACCAGAAAAACAAUAAAGAUACCGAUACUCAAAGCAGAAAUACUGCCAUCAGGUGUGACAUGUAUAAUAUUUCCAAAGCCUAUGAAUUUUCAAUAUUUAUCUGGCCAGUGGAUCAGAAUAGCAUGUCCAGCAUUAAAGACAAAUGAAUGUCAUCCGUUUACUCUGUCCUCUGCACCGCAUGAAACAAAUUUAAGUAUACACAUUCGUGCAGUUGGACCAUGGACCAUAAAUAUCAGAGAACACCUGGAACUGUGUAAAUUGUCUAAUAAAAAUCUUCCAGUGAUUCAUAUUGAUGGUCCGUACGGAGAAGGACAUCAAGAUUGGGACAAAUACAAAGUGUCAAUCAUGGUUGGCGGUGGUAUAGGUGUUACACCUUUUGCGUCGGUACUCAAAGAUAUUGUUUUCAAGUCACAUUGCAAACUACAUUUUGGUUGCAAAAAGGUAUAUUUCCUAUGGGUGACGAGAACGCAGAAGCAAUUUGAAUGGAUGGUCGAUAUAUUAAGAGAACUAGAGAAAGCAGAUGUCAAUAACACAGUAUCAAUUCACAUCUUUGUCACUCAAUUUUAUCAAAAGUUUGACCUUCGUACAAUACUUUUAUAUAUCUGCGAACGUCAUUUCCAAAAGAUUUCAAAUAAAUCUUUGUUUACUGGCCUAAAAGCGGUAACACACUUUGGGCGUCCAAAGUUUUCUCAAUUUUUUACUUCUAUACAAAAGUUACAUCCUUCGACAAGCAAGAUUGGAGUUUUCAGUUGUGGUACACCGGCUUUAACACAAGCAGUAGAUACAGCUUGUAAGACAAUUAAUAUAAGAGAAAUCAAUGGCACAUUAUUUCAACAUCAUUAUAAAAGUUUUUAGCUUAUAUAAUUAUAUAUAAAAUGCUCUCCUAAAUUAAUUUUUAUAAAAAAACACUAUA